AUGUCGAGAAUUUACUUUGGCAUUAUUGACAGCAAACUUAGGGCAAAAGCACGGUUCUCACCCAGACAAAAGGGCUUCAUGAACGAAUCUGGGUGCUUCAACAACAUCCACAUCCUCAACGAGCUGCUGAGGCACUCAAAAGCCAAGAAUGGCCUGGUCGUAACGCAGCUGGACGUGUCCAAAGCAUUUGAUACCGUGCCGCACCAAGCUAUAGGACACGCGUUACGUCGAAAAGGUUUUCCCGAACAGGUGGUACGUAUCGUGGAAAAUGCAUAUGAGGAUGUUACCACUAUUAUAGAACUGAUCAGGCGCCAAUCGAGAUACGCCUCCAGCGGGGGGUCAAGCAAGCCCUUGCUAGUUAAGCUGGAAACGAGACCUGGGUACAGAAUCGACACAGAGACGCAGAUAUCGUCCUUAGCAUUUGCCGACGAUCUGCUCCUAGUCGCGCAAACAGUACCACAUGCUAAGGACCAGUUAAGUAGCACGGAAGCAUACCUAUCGAGUCUAGGUAUGAAGAUUGCUGCCAAUAAAUGCCGCACCUUCCGUGUAAACCGUACCAAAGACUCCUGGUACUUAACUGACCCAGGCCUCGAACUCGACAGUGGAGAAGUGAUACCGGUAGCGGGGGCCGGCGAUCACCUUGUCUACCUUGGAUGCAAGUUGUCUCCCUGGGUUGGGGUCACAACCGAGGGCAUACGAGCCGACCUUGCUUCAACUCUUAGUCGUGUGCAACGACUGAAGUUGAAACCGCAUCAAAAGUUGUCCCAUAGCGAUGCCGGCUAUGACACAGAUAAAACUGAUGGACCAGGAGCUACGGGUAGUGGUGAAGAAUUCUUCACCUGCCGCAGGCAACAACGAACGCCUUACUAUACUGCGGUAAGAGGGACGGGGGACUUGCGAUCCCGAGGUUGGAGUGGCUCGCCACCUCAUCAGCCCUAA